AUGUCGUCGUUCGAGUCGGUUGUUGUCGUUGACGGCAAGGGCCAUCUCCUUGGCCGUCUCGCCUCCAUUGUUGCCAAGCAGCUCCUCAACGGCCAGAAAGUCGUUGUCGUCCGCUGCGAGGCCCUCAACAUCUCUGGAGAGUUCUUCCGCGCCAAGCUCAAGUACCACGCCUACCUGCGCAAGAUGACCCGAUACAACCCCACCCGCGGUGGUCCCUUCCACUUCCGCGCCCCCUCCAGAAUCUUCUACAAGGCCGUCCGUGGUAUGAUUCCUCACAAGACCGCCCGCGGUGCCGCCGCUCUGGAGCGCCUCAAGGUCUUCGAGGGUGUCCCUCCCCCCUACGAUAAGAAGAAGAAGAUGGUCGUUCCCCAGGCUCUCCGUGUCCUGAGACUGCAGCCCGGUCGCAAGUACUGCACCGUCGGCCGUCUGAGCCACGAGGUCGGCUGGAAGUACCAGGACGUCGUUGCCCGUCUGGAGGAGAGACGGAAGGCCAAGGGCGCUGCCUACUACGAGCGCAAGAAGGUUGCUGCACGACAACUGUCCGACGCGAAGAAGAACGCCUCGGUCAAGGAGGAGACCGCGAAGGCCCUUGCGGCUUAUGGCUACUAA